UGUUAUUACUUGUGGACUGCUCGUCUGAUUGGACUGGAUCGAUCUACCCGGUUACGUACCUUGUGGAGAGCACUUCGACACCACCGACGUUUGCGCCAUUGCAGGGAAGCAGCUGGUCCUUUGGAAACCCGCGACACGCACACGUGCCUCUUAUCGACAUACACACCUGUUCUCCUGGACCCUUGGGAACGCCAGAAAAGCAAGCCUUGAAAUACAGACACACACACGACCACUUGGCACCCUUAUCGCAGCUAUCACUCCUACCGCCGACACAAUGGGUAUCUUUGAGAAACUCCAAGCCCGUCUCGAGCUCUACCGCCUCGAGCAGCGCUACACCCGCCGCGAAAAACGCACAACCUUCAUCAGCGACGCGCAAUACGUAGACGGCGAAUACGUCUACGCAUCGAGUCCCAGCUCCACCGCUGCGUCCUCGACGAACAGCAGGCGCUUUAGCAAGAUGCCGUCCAUUGGCAUCAAGGAGUUGAGGCGCGCGGGCACGGGGCGGUCGUAAAAUCGUUUCCACGCGAGGGAUGGAGCCACGGGAUCUGCGCGUGGGGAAGACGGUCGCACAGCACGCGGCCAACACACACACACACACAUGCAUACAUAUGCGCGCUGAAGCAAGGGCGCAACAUAGCACGAUCAUGACGGACAUAAUCCUUGAUGAAAUGGUUAUACCGAAUCUACGACAACUCACACCACACACCACACACCACACACCACACAUAUAUCCUCACAAAAUCAGGGACCAACCACAGCGGCACACCACCAACCGAUAUUUCUGCACACACAUUAUUAUUCUUUUUUAGCCAGAGCAUUUUAGUUUCACGUCGAUCACGUCACAUACGUCUCUCCUUUGAGCGCAUCAUCUUUUCUUUGGAGCCGGAAAAUUUUAAUUCGAUUCGUGUAUGUUGUUACCAUAGCAUGGCAUUUGGGUUUGAAAAGGGAAACGGAAACGGAAGAAAAUGAGCGGGGUUUCCAUGGUCAUGAUUGCGAGAAGGAUUGCAGAGGUCUUUUGGAGAGUGUGGACUACAACUAAGGAAUGUCAUGUGGCAUGUAGUUGAGAAAUAAAUAAAAAGUUCAAAACUAGCAA